UUGCAGACGUGUUCUUGUUAUCAACUCCUAAAUUUAGCACAUUGCUGGCGGACCUUUUCUAUUCUUAAUGUUUAUAAUAAUAUGUAACAAUGAAAUGCAGAUAUUUUGUAUAUAUUAUGAUUAAGAAAUUCUUUUAUGCUUGUUAUGGCAGAUAUAUCAUAAGCAUUUAUUAAAAAAAAUGAAUAAAUUUUAGGGUGUUUUAGUCAGUGAGAAGCAGUUAUAGACUUCGAGAAUUAAGCAAAAUAAUUUGCCUGGUAUCUGUGGUUACGUAACAGCUGUGUGUGAUGUUGAAAAGAUGGGUAUAAAGAAGGCCAAAUAUAGAUUAGUCACCACAGUGAAUGAGUCACAUAACAGAGAGUGUUAGUGUCUAGUGUGCGAGUGUUGCUCACUGGACCUUUUCCAAAAGCAUUCCUUUCCUCAGCUUGUGACGACACUGCUCUCUGAAUGUCAGGUGAAGCUCUGAGAUAUGUAGAAGAGAAAAGGGUUGUUGAAAGAUCUGUGCUUGAAGCACUUUCAGGUUGCUUAUGUCCUUCUUUUGUGUUUGAUGAGUAUGAACCUUGCUACAUUUUAAAUAUAUGCUUUCUUUUCUUUUGUUUGAUCGGAUGAGGAUUCUCUUGGAUGAAAGACAGGAGAAUCUACAAUUUUUGUGUUUCUUUUGGCAUUUGAUUAUUUCUCACCAUAUGUUUCUGCUUUUGAUGGGUACAGCUUUUGUACUUUUUGGGAGCAUUCGAUUAUUUCUCACUGUUCAUAUUCCAAAUUAGGAAACAAAUAAUUUAUGAUCUAUAAUAGAUUCACUGCUUACUAAUAUAUUCAUGGACUAGUUUGAUACCUUUUGCUGGAAGAACGUACUUCUUGUUCUGAGGUUUUAUCCCACUUUUUCUUAUCUUCUUCUUACUCUAGGACUCGUUUAUGUUUGAUGUUUUUAAAUUAUGGCCAUUGUUUCUCUUUGUCUAUUUUCUCAGCAGUGUUUACUCAUUUCUGUUGAGUGUUGUUUUAACUCCUUGCAGUGACUUCAAGCUAUGGAUAUUUCAGAGUACACAGGUAUAAUUUUAGGUAAACUUCAGAAAUUUGAGCCUGAGAACGCCUCAAAGAUCUUAGGGUAUCUCCUUGUCCAAGAACAUGGGGAAGAAGAAAUGGCGAAAUUGGCUUCACUCCCUGACCAUUUAAUCGGUGAAGUGGCGUUCCAGACCAGAACCAAGCUUCCAAGGUCAGCUGCUAGAUCAAUCAUUCCUCCAAUUUCACCUCCCAUGAACUGUCAACCAGGUUUUUCCCAGUUUUCAGUAAUCUCCCCUACUUCAGUAAUCACAGCUGACACCCCUACCACAGCGCCAAGCUUCCAGCUUCAAUCUCCCUUCUGGGAUCCUCAGUCUGUUAACAAUGCCAAUGCAGAAUAUAUGGCACAGGGUUAUUUGGAUUCCAUCUCUGAACUUCAAAAGCAAACUCCGUUCUUCACUCUGGAGAAUCAUAUGGAUGCUGUAAAUUCUCGUGCUGUUGGGACUUCAGGCACUCCAAGUAUUUCUAAUGAUUACUAUGGCUUAGAUGCUUUAUCAGUUGGUAAUUUGGGUGGAAAAGCUGGUAGAAGGUUCGACCAUCCAGUCAAGACCUGUCACUACUUUAACAAAGGAUUUUGUAAGCAUGGAAAUAGCUGUAGAUACUAUCAUGGACUGGGCCCCCCUGAUGCAUUCCCUCACAUGUAUGGAAAUGAUAGUUUUAAUGAUGAUCAGAUGAUUUCACCUGGGUCACUGGCACAACUAGAGUCUGAAAUUGUUGAACUCCUGAAACUGAAAAAGGGUGGUUCUAUAUCAAUUGCUUCCCUUCCAAUGGCAUACUUUGAGAAGUAUAAGAAGGUGCUGCAGGCUGAUGGCUACCUCACUGAGAGUCAGAGACAUGGAAAAUCUGGCUACAGUUUGACUAAGCUUCUUGCACGGUUGAAAAAUAGCAUCAGGCUAAUUGACAGGCCUCAUGGGCAGCAUUCGGUUGUUCUGGCUGAAGAUGCUCCGAAGUUCAAUGGAAAGGGAGAUUAUGGUAGAUACAUCAGUGCAUCACGACAGAUAUACCUGACAUUUCCAGCUGACAGCACUUUUAGCGAGGCUGAUGUUUCAAACUACUUUAGCACUUUUGGGAAAGUUGAAGAUGUAAGGAUUCCAAGCCAAGAAAGAAGGAUGUUUGGAUUUGUGACAUUUGAUGAUCCUGAAACUGUAAAAGCAAUUUUGGAUAAGGGAAAUCCCCAUUAUGUCUGCGAAUCAAGGGUUCUUGUGAAACCUUACAAAGAGAAGCCAAAACUUAUGCUGAGAAAGCAAUCAGACAGAAUUGAGCACCAGCACCAUGCUUAUUACUCAGCACACUACGUAGAUGUUGACACUGAACCUACGCCAAGUGAGAACAUGAUAUACUCUAGUUUGGAACCUAGAUUUCAUGUAUCAGUUCAAAGUGAUAUAUUUCCAAGAGGUUGCAGUAACCCUCGAUUACUCAGGAGCCUGAUCAUUGAACAGCAAGAGGAGGCUGCCUUUGAAUUUCAUAGAAGACGUUUUGCAGAGCUGCAGUUGGCCCAGAAAUCUUUUACCACUUCACCCCAUUUAGGCUUUAACACUGGCGUAGCAAAAGCUUCAAAUGAUCUUUUCAAUGUCCAUUCUGCAGAAUCUCAGAAUCAUGUUGUGAAUGACAAAUCCGGAUAUAUGGAUAACAAUUACACUGCUGAGGACAGCAAUCAAGGACUGAAUCUCCCAGACAGCCCAUUUUCAUUUCCAGUAGAUAGUGGAAUUUCAGCAGUAAUUUAGUUUCAGAAAGACAUAGAAGACUGCAUACAAGAUUACAAGAGAAAGAAGAGAAAUAUAGAGAGUUAGUUUGACACAUAAUUGGGCCCUUCCAUUGGUCUCUUUCCUCAACUGGCUCAUCACAGUUUAGUCAAAGUUGCAAGUACAUAAAAGCUGAGUUGGUGGAAUUAACAAUAACAACUUUUCAGAAGGUUAUAGUUUUCCUUUUAAAGAAUCACAGAAAGAUUACGAGGAUGUUUGGUUUCUACAACAGUAUGAGUAACCAAUUACGAGGAGAACAGUCAAAUAAUUUAAUUUGUGUCACAAGUAUUUGGUUUUUGGUUUUCUUUACCUGAUCUUGAUUCCAUGUUAUACAUUGAGUAAAUGCUCUCUGGAUUUAGUAAGGGAAAUAAAUUACAAGUAUUUGUUUCUUGAUCCCA